AUGCAAUCCCGGCUUUUGCUCCUCGGGGCCCCUGGCGGCCGCGGAGGCCCGGCGGCGCGGCGCGUGCGGUUGCUCCUGCGACAGGUGGUGCGGGGCAGGCCCGGCGGCGACGGGCGGUGGUCAGAGGUCAGACUGCUGCAUGCCGGGGCGGGAGCCCACACAGGUGAUACAGUUAAUAUUGGAGAUGUAUCCUACAAAUUGAAAACUCCAAAGAGCCCAGAACUUGUGCCUCAGAACUACAUUUCAGACUCUGUGGCUCAAUCUGUAAUUCAGCAUCUAAGAUGGAUAAUGCAAAAGGAUCUUUUGGGGCAAGAUGUCUUUCUAAUAGGACCUCCUGGGCCUCUUCGACGUUCUAUUGCAAUGCAAUACCUGGAGCUGACCAGACGGGAAGUUGAAUACAUUGCCUUGUCCAGGGACACCACUGAAACCGAUCUCAAACAGCGUCGAGAGAUCCGAGGAGGCACAGCUUUUUACAUUGAUCAGUGUGCAGUCCGUGCAGCCACAGAAGGCAGAACGCUUGUUUUGGAAGGCCUGGAAAAGGCGGAGAGGAAUGUUCUGCCCGUUUUGAACAACUUGCUGGAAAAUAGGGAGAUGCAGCUUGAGGAUGGACGCUUCCUGAUGUCUUCAGAGCGUUACGACAAACUUCUCCAAGAGCAUACCAAAACAGAAUUGGACGCUUGGAAGAUUGUUCGGGUUAGUGAAAACUUCCGCGUCAUUGCUUUGGGCUUGCCAGUGCCUAAGUACUCUGGGAAUCCAUUAGACCCCCCUCUCCGCUCUCGAUUUCAGGCCAGAGAUAUUUAUUAUCUACCCUUUAAGGACCAACUUAAACUGCUGUAUUCAGUUGGAGCCAAUGUUUCUGCUGAGAAAAUUUCUCAGCUCCUGUCCUUUGCUACCACUCUCUGUUCCCAAGAAUCUUCUACUCUUGGACUUCCAGAUUUUCCUUUAGAUAGUUUACCAGCUGCAGUUCAAAUCCUGGACUCCUUUCCUAUGAUGUCAAUCAAACAUGCAAUCCAGUGGCUUUACCCAUACACUAUUUUACUAGGACAGGAAGGGAAGAUGGCUGUGGAAGGUGUUUUAAAACGCUUUGAACUCCAAGAUUCAGAAAGCUCCGUGCUUCCUAAAGAGGUGGUGAGAGUGGAGAGGCUGACGGAGAGCCCUGCCCCCCAAGCUAUGGUCACUGUCCGGAUAGCAGACAAAGAGGUGACCAUUCAGGUGCCAGCUGGGACCAGGCCAGUAAAUCAGCCUUGUGCAUCAGACCAUUUUAUACAAACUUUAAGCCAUAAACAACUACUGGCUGAGAUGAUGCAGUCUCACAUGGUUAAGGACAUAUGUUUAAUUGGAGGAAAAGGUUGUGGAAAAACGGUCAUUGCUAAGAACUUUGCAGAUAACUUAGGAUACAGCAUAGAACCCAUCAUGCUCUAUCAGGACAUGACCGCACGUGACCUGCUCCAGCAGAGAUACACUCUUCCCAACGGAGACACUGCAUGGCGGUCCUCGCCCCUUGUGAACGCUGCCCUGGAAGGAAAGCUCGUCCUCCUGGAUGGCAUCCACCGGGUCAACGCGGGCACGCUUGCCGUGUUGCAAAGGCUGAUCCACGAUCGGGAGCUAAGCCUCUACGAUGGCUCCAGGCUGCUGAGAGAAGACAGGUACAUGCGUUUAAAGGAGGAGCUGCACCUGUCUGAUGAGCAGCUACGGCAGAGAUCCAUUUUUCCUGUCCACCCCUCCUUCAGAAUCAUCGCCUUGGCAGAGCCCCCAGUUAUUGGAAGCACAACACAGCAGUGGCUGGGACCAGAAUUCUUAACUAUGUUCUUUUUCCAUUAUAUGAAACCACUUGUCAGAAGUGAAGAAAUUCAAGUGAUAAAGGAAAUGGUCCCAAAUAUACCUCAGGAAGCUUUGGACAGAUUGUUAACAUUUACACACAAACUCAGAGAGACACAGGAUCCCACGGCACAGUCACUGGCAGCAUCACUUUCUACCAGACAGCUGUUGCGGAUUUCUCGUCGGCUGUCACAAUACCCUAAUGAAAAUCUUCACAGUGCAGUUACUAAAGCCUGCCUUUCCAGGUUCUUACCAAGCCUUGCAAGGUCAGCGUUAGAAAAAAACUUGGCAGAUGCUACGAUAGAAAUAAGUACUGAUAAUCAUCAGGAACCAGAACUGGAGGAUUACAAAUGUGAAAUAGCAUCUGGAUCUCUGAGGAUUGGGGCUGUUAGUGCACCGAUCUAUAAUGCCCACGAGAAAAUGAAAGUGCCUGAUGUUCUGUUCUAUGACAACAUUCAGCACAUGUUAGUGAUGGAAGACAUGCUGAAAGACUUUCUUCUCGGAGAGCACCUAUUAUUGGUUGGUAACCAGGGUGUCGGAAAAAAUAAGAUUGUUGACAGAUUCCUUCACCUGCUCAACAGACCCCGAGAAUACAUCCAGCUGCACAGGGACACCACAGUACAAACCCUUACUCUUCAGCCUUCUGUUAAAGAUGGACUAAUUGUGUAUGAAGACUCACCUUUGGUUAAAGCAGUGAAGUUGGGUCAUGUUCUGGUAGUAGAUGAGGCAGACAAAGCCCCAACAAAUGUCACCUGUAUUUUAAAAACUCUAGUGGAAAAUGGAGAAAUGAUUCUAGCAGAUGGAAGACGCAUUGUUGCAAAUUCUGCUAAUGUUAAUGAAAGAGAAAAUGUUAUUGUGAUUCAUCCUGACUUUAGAAUGAUUGUCUUGGCCAACAGACCUGGAUUCCCUUUCUUAGGCAAUGAUUUCUUCGGUACUUUAGGUGAUAUUUUUAGCUGCCAUGCAGUUGAUAAUCCCAAACCCCAUUCAGAGCUCAGAAUGCUCAGGCAAUAUGGACCAAAUGUGCCUGAGCCCAUCCUUCAGAAGCUUGUGGCUGCCUUUGGAGAGCUGAGGAGUUUAGCUGACCAGGGGAUUAUUAACUAUCCUUAUUCUACCAGAGAAGUUGUCAACAUAGUAAAACAUUUACAGAAAUUUCCCACUGAAGGUCUCUCCAGCGUGGUUAGGAAUGUGUUUGACUUCGAUUCCUACAACAAUGACAUGAGGGAGAUUUUGAUUAACACUUUGCACAAAUAUGGAAUACCUAUCGGAGCAAAACCAACCAGUGUGCAGCUGGCGAAGGAGUUGCCUCUGCCAGAGCAGACGUUCAUGGGCUACUGGACAGUUGGCCAGUCAAGAAAUGGAAUACAAAAACUGUUGUGUCCAGCAGAAACUCAUCAUAUAGACAUAAAGGGCCCAGCCUUUAUAAACAUACAGGAAUAUCCAAUAGAAAGAUAUGAAGAAAGAGCCCAAACCUUUACUGAAGAAUGUGCCUCCUGGAAGUUACCUUUGGAUGAAAUUAACUUAGUCUGUGACAUUGCUACAUCACAUGAAAAUGAGGAAAAUACCCUCUACGUAGUUGCAUGCAAUCCCAUUACCUUAUACUUCAUGAACAUGACCGGGAAAAGUGGCUACUUGGCGGACUUCUCUGAUGUCUUCCCAAGAAUAGCCGGUAGGGUUUGGCACCCAUUUGUGACAGUGGCACCUCUGGGAAAUCCCCUCAAGGGUCAAGUGAUUCUCCAUGAGCAGCAGAGUAAUGUCAUCCUAUUGUUGGAUACCACUGGCCAAGCCCUUCGACGUCUCGUCCUCCCUUCAGAAGAGAGUCCAUCUAAGAAACCUUCCUGGUGGAACAAGGAGGAGACGGAAACUUAUAAAAUGUGUAAAGAAUUUUCACACAAAAACUGGCUAGUAUUCUACAAAGAAAAUGGGAACAGCUUGACUGUGCUGGAUGUCCUAGAAGGGCGAACUCACACCAUCUCACUUCCCAUCAACAUCAAGACAGUUUUUCUUGUAGCAGAGGACAAGUGGCUUCUGGUGGAAGACAAAACAAACCAGAAAUAUCUUUUAAGUAAGCCUGCACACAUUGACUCUGAGGAUAGUGGGGUUUGCCAGCUGUACGUGUUGAAAGAGGAGCCGCCUAGCACAGGAUUUGGAGUUAUACAAGAAGCAGAUCUCAGCAUACCUCAUAAAAUUUCAAGUGAUCAACUAUCAUCUGAAAAUUUAAGUUCAGCUGUGGGACAAAAGAUUGCCUCUCCUAACCGAAUUCUCUCAGAUGAGAAUAGUUAUGCUACUGUUGUUAUUGGCUUCCCAGAUCUCAUGUCACCCAGUGAAGUCUAUUCUUGGAAAAGGCCAUCAUCCUUGCAUAAACCAAGUGUCACUGACAGAACAUUCUAUGAAGGAAAGAAGAAAAGUGAAACUCCAAAACAGAGCAAUUGUGUGACUCUUUUAGAUACUAAUCAGAUAGUCAGGAUUCUGCCCCCAGGAGAAGUCCCUCUAAAAGAUAUCUACCCAAAAGAUGUGACCCCUCCGCAAACAGCUGGUUAUAUAGAAAUCACUGACCUUCAAUCAAAGAAACUCCGAUAUAUCCCUGUUCCCAGAUCAGAAUAUCUCUCGCCGUAUACCACAUGGCUCUCUACUAUUUCGGACACAGAUGCUCUGCUAGCUGAGUGGGGCAAAGGUGGCGUUGUUACCGUUGACAUGGGAGGUCACAUCAGGCUCUGGGAAACUGGACUGGAACAUCUGCAGCGAUCCCUCAUGGAAUGGAGAAACAUGAUUGGACGAGAAGGUGACAGACAUAUGCAGAUAACAAUCAACAGAGACAGCGGUGAAGACGUGAGCUCCCCCAAACACGGGAAGGAGGACCCAGACAAUAUGCCCCACGUGGGCGGCAAUACGUGGGCUGGAGGAACAGGGGGAAGAGACACCGCAGGUCUGGGUGGCAAAGGAGGUCCAUACCGGCUGGACGCAGGCCAUACUGUGUACCAGGUGUCAGAGGCUGAGAAGGACGCGGUUCCUGAGGAGGUGAAGAGAGCCGCCAGAGAGAUGGGCCAGAAAGCCUUUCAGCAGCGGUUAAAGGAGAUUCAAAUGAGUGAGUAUGAUGCCACAACGUAUGAAAGGUUCUCGGGUGCUGUCCGACGGCAGGUGCACUCCCUCCGAGUCAUCCUGGAUAAUUUACAGGCUAAAGGUAAAGAAAGACAGUGGCUAAGACACCAAGCUACAGGAGAACUAGAUGAUGCCAAGAUCAUUGAUGGGCUGACUGGAGAAAAAGCCAUCUAUAAACGCCGGGGCGAGCUGGAGCCACAACUGGGCAGCCCCCAACAGAAACCCAAGCGCCUGCGCCUGGUGGUCGAUGUGUCUGGCAGCAUGUACCGCUUUAACGGGGUGGAUGGACGGCUGGAGCGCUCGAUGGAGGCCGUGUGUAUGGUCAUGGAAGCCUUCGAGAACUAUGAGGAGAAGUUCAAGUAUGACAUCGUUGGACACUCCGGAGACGGCUACAACAUUGGUCUAGUUCCACUUAACAAAAUGCCCAAGGACAAUAAGCAAAGACUAGAAAUUCUGAAGACAAUGCAUGCCCAUGCUCAGUUCUGCAUGAGUGGGGACCACACGUUAGAGGGGACAGAACAUGCCAUCAAGGAGAUUGUCAAAGAAGAAGCCGACGAGUACUUCGUCAUUGUCUUAAGUGAUGCAAACCUGUCACGAUACGGAAUACAUCCUGCCAGGUUUGCCCAGAUCCUGACAAGCAACCCUCAAGUAAAUGCUUUUGCCAUUUUCAUUGGAUCUUUAGGAGAUCAAGCAACCAGGCUUCAGAGAACUUUACCAGCUGGCCGGUCCUUCGUUGCCAUGGAUACCAAGGACAUCCCCCAGAUUUUACAACAGAUCUUCACCUCCACCAUGCUGUCCACUGUUUAGGGCAGGCCCUUCAUUACCCUGAUGACCCCAGGACUUAAAAUAAGAUAGGAAUAAAGAGCCCGCCAAAGAAAAGACGACAGUUGUGACCCUGCGCGUUGCCUGGAGGACUCUGGCACUCCUGGCUCUUCCUGGGCUCGCUCAGGAAUCAGAAUGCAGGAAAGCAGCCGGAGGAGAGCUUGUGCAUGGAAAUCUACCACCGGGGAUGGGUUCUUGGGGAAAGCGAGUUGAGCUGAGUUUUAUGAAAAGGUCAGGAGUCAACAAAGGCAAUUUGAGAACUAUGGUGCUUGGUUUGUAUCCAGAAACCAGAGGGGAAGAGAAUGCCUUGCUUUUGCCUUAACACAACGGCUGGUCACCUGAGGUAGCAGAAGUGAUUCUGAUGCAUUGUUCCACCACUGAGAUAAAAGUCUGUGUAAACUCACCCAACUUGCUCCUGUCCAAUAAUUAAUUUUAUUUUCUCCUCCAUGAUUUUUAUAGUAUUUAACCUACUGCAAAGCCUCCUAACAGCAGUUAUUUUAUAAAAGGUUAGAUUUUUUUUCAAUAAUUCCAUUUUCUUGGCCAAAGCCAAAAGGAAUCAAAAGAUCCCUGCAUUGCUUCCUUUCCCAUUUGACUUUUUAAAAGACUCUUUAAAUAAUGAAGAGCAAACGUCCUAUUUCCAUGCUGCCAUCAUGGAAUGCUAAAGGUUGUCUUGCCUUGAACUUCCUGUGUCUUCUUGUUCUUCCAGUGCUUCUUACAAAUUUCACAUACUUUGGUGUCCAAAACGUAAUGCUUGAAAUAACAAACGCUUAUGGUUUUACUUAAAGCAAAGUAAAAACAAGGCAGUAUGUUUGAAUUAAUGGGAACUGGAGAUUUCUUUAGCUGUUAAAAAAAAAAAAAAAAAACAACACGCGCACACACACACACAAAAAACCUUUUUUUCAAGAUUCGUUCUUUUUUCUUUCCAAGUGUACCUUAUUUCCACCUACCUUAGGCUGACCUUUAUUUAUCAACAGGCCUGAUGUCAUUUUGUUUUAAAUCAAAUGCUACAGCCAGAGUCAGGCUCUGUUCAACCAUAAAAGAAGUUCCUCUCCACCAGUGAUGCAGGCAAAAUGGCGGGGAGCACCAGUGGAUGGGUACUUUCUUGUCGCAAGUUGGAAAAAUCAGUCUUGUUAAUAAUAUUACCUUAUCUGCCCAUAUAGCAUGAAAUUGUACAGGCUCAUUUCAUUUUAGUCAGUUAUAGGAAAGAAAACACCCAUUUGUUUCUCCACCCCAACUCCCUAUCAGCUGUCAAAGAAAUAAAAACGAUCAGAUUCCCAAUGCAGUCCCGUCCAGUGAGUUCGCAUGGCUCGUCUUAUUUUCCCUCACAGUCAGGAGGGGCAGAGUGGGGUUGGGCUGGCCCCCUUUGUGCUUUCUUCCCACCUUGAAGAUGAGCUCUUGCAGAUUUUGCUCCUUUUCUUGCAGCCUGACCACAGUUCAGAGAGCUCUCUUCUCUCCCUGGGACUCUCCGUGAACCCAUUCAGGCACUCAGAGGAGCAUGUGGGGACCGAGGGUAGACGCCACUGCUGGAGGGACACCUCUCACUGGGCCUUCCUGGGCUGAGCAACAACUUGAACCCCUUGGGGGUGCCCCCUCUGCGAGAGGGCCACAGCCCCAAAAUGCUUUGCCCAGAAUCCACAAGUCCAUAACAGAAUGGCCUUUUAACAAAUCCUGCCUGUGCCCUAACUACCUGAAUUAGCAGAAGCCAUUUUUUUAAACAUGGGAAGAAUCUUCUCAUGUAAUUCAAUUUCCCUUUCCCCACUAGCCAGACAUCCUUGCAAUUGUCAUUUAAAACAAACAAACAAAAACAUGUGACUCCUGACUUAUUUGUAAAAGGGAAAGAUGAUGGGGGAGGGGAGUAGAGAGAGGAGCUGAGAAGAGUUUAAUUUUCACUUCUUGGAAUACCUAAAAGUUUGUGCCUUUAUUAUUAAAUGUACUUAAUUAUAGGCCACUCCAAGCUGUUCCCAGGCCCUUCUUAGGGCCAAGACAUUAUAAUAAAUGCAUUGUUUGCCUCAGGGGGGGUUCCAUUGAAAAGCUUCUGAACCGGCUUGGUCUUGUAGUGCCCGUGUAAUGCUGAGAAGGUUCAUUGUGACCCGUGAGCGCCAGGAGGAAUGAAGGCUAUGAAUGGCCGCCGUCUAGUGUGUACCCCCUCCCCCUCCCCCCUGCCCAGAACCUUUUGUGUGCCCCAGCAAGAUGACCUCAUCACACAUGGGGCACCUCCAGCCAGGAAUGGAUCCGAGCCGGAGUACUUGAGCCUGUCCCAUGUUCAGCAUGAAUCAUUUCAUUCUUUCCUGUGAACUGUCAGAGGAGGAGAGAUCCAUCAAUGCCAGUGGGAUUUUCUCUGAACAAACCCGAGGGCUUUGAAAGCCAUUUAGAAGCAGUUCUCCGUGGACAACACGGUCAGUGUUCCCGAUAGGCCAGCUCCAGAGGCCUCAACCCUCCCUCCACCUGGCUCCUUCCUGCACCUGUCAGCUCACCCAGAAUUAAACUCCCCCGAGAACGGAGCAGAGAGAUAUGGGACUGGGGGCAAUACGAGGGGGGUCCCCUGUGUGUCCUGUUGCCGUUAUGGCCCAACAAUCACAAUUAGGAGAGAGAUUCCACAAAUGCUAAGCCAACAACUCCUGCCUGGACAACCUUUUUUCUGGAAUUGCAUCAAAGAAUAGUCACAUGUCCCUUUGUAUUUAGUAAAUUGUGCCUUACUUUUUCGUCUUAGGAAAUAAAAUGUCCACUUCCAGAAAAGUUCUUCCAACCAGUAACAUAUCUGGUUUUUUAAAAUGCUUCGAUGGAGAGCCUAAUCUGCUCCCACUUUCUGGCCAGGGUGUUAUUAUAAGGGUCUUAACCAUUGCCUUUCCUUUCCUUUUCUUUCGCAGAUUUGCUGCGGCAAAAGUACUCUAGGUCAUGGAAAGGAAUUCCAGUGUUUGAUCUUGUGGUGGAAGAGUUUAUAAACUCCAAGUAGGAUUAGUCAGUGGAAAGGAAGUUCUAGAUGCCGCUGUGAUGUGUGAACUUGGGCUUGUCACUUCUGGGUCUUAGUUGCUUCAUCUAUUUAAAAUGAAUUUAAACUUGAAAAGCUGGACCAAAUCUAAUACUCUAGUCCCUGCUUCUAGAUCUCACAGAGCCACUGAGUUGACUGUGCCUCGCACAUCUUAUAAGAACCACAUCAUGGGGACGCCUGGGUGGCUCAGUUGGUUAAGCAGCUGCCUUCGGCUCAGGUCAUGAUCCCAGCGUCCUGGGAUCGAGUCCCACAUUGGGCUCCUUGCUCAGCAGGGAGCCUCCUUCUCCCUCUGCCUCUGCCUGCCAUUCUGUCUGCCUGUGCUCGCUCUCUCUCCCUCUCUCUCUCUGACAAAUAAAUAAAUAAAAUCUUUAAAAAAAAAAAAAAAAAAAGAACCACAUCAUGUCAGUGUGUUUUUGCCUCCGGAACCCCACAAAUGGAGGAUUUGGGCACCGACACCCAUUGCCCCAGCAAUACAGUGUCCCUGACAGAAUAUGCUUUCUAAAAGCUA